AUGUAUGAUAGUUAAAAUAGUACUUCAGCAAAACUUACAGAAUAAAUCAAAUCUCAACAAAGUUAUAAAAUUAGAGAGUUUGAAUGGUUUGAAGUAGAAACUAAAAUUAGAUUAUUUGUCUAAAAAUUGAUGGAACCAACAUUAAAAUAAUUACAUGAAGAUAGAAUGAUUGUUGAUGAAUUACGAUAAAACUUUAAGUCUAAUAAUAAAGAAGUUACUUAUUUAAGAGAAAUAGUUUUAAAUCAAGGAGCUGGAAUACCUAUCUUUGAUGAAAUCAAAUAAAAAUUUCUAGACUUAGAAAUGAAACUAGAUCAAUAAAAAAGAGAAUCCAUUGAUUAAUUUAGUAAUUUCAAACAAAGUCUUGAUAGCACAGAUAAUGAAAUCUCAAAGUUCUUAUAAACAGUUAGAACACUAGAAUAUUUUAAAAUUAAACUAGAAUAAGAUCUCUAAGAUAUUUAAAUAAAAAAUGACAAUUUCAAAUCAAGUAUUGAAUAACUCAUCAAACAAUUAUCAUCAGAUCUAACAGAAAGCACUAAAAAUUGGAAACUUGCUGUAAUAGAUAUUGAACAAUAAUUUAAUAAAGUAGAUAAUAAAAGUUCUGAUUUAUUCAAUAUUGUUAAGCAAGAAUAAGUUAAAUUAAAAUAGAUCUCAGAUUCUAUUCUAGAAAUUAAUAAAAAACAAACUUAAAAUAUUAAUACUUUUGAAGUUAUAGAUACUAAAUUAGUAAAAGCAGAUGUAUAGAUUACAACUUUAAAAAAAUAAAUUUUAGAAGUCGAUUAAUUAAUCAAUAAGAAUAAAUAAGUUUAAAUGUUCCUAAUAUAUUAUUUACCUAUGUAUAUAUAAGCAUAGAUUAGUGAUUCCUUAUUUACUUGUUUACCUCUCAAAUUCUUCUUCAAGUUUGCCUAAUUUGAAAAAAGGAAAUUUGAUUCAUUAGAUAAAUAAUUAUUAGAAUACAAUGGCGAACCCAAUAUUUAAAUAUAAAUCGAUGAAUAUACCAGAACAUUGGCAGAAGUAAUGAAAAGAAAUUCUAAAAUCAGUUAAAUGAUAUUUAUAAAUACAAAAAAAGAAUAGAAUGAUUCUUAAUCUUCAGCAUCUGAUAUGGAAAGUGAAAUUAGAAGUUAAAGAACAAAUAAUAUUAAAAAUAGUGUUUAAAUUAGAUAGGAUUCAACAAUUUAUCAUAAAAAAGAAAGCAUCUAUUCCAAAGAUAUGAUUUAAUAAUCAAAUGUUGCCUCAUAAUAAAAAUAAAAUUCUAUAUAAUCUAAUAAUCCUAAUUUAAUCUUUUAUGAAGAUUAAAUUAAAUAAAUUAAAGAUAAUUUUUAAUAGCAAAUUGAUGAACUUAAACAAUUAAAUAUUAAUCUUAAAAAUUAAAUUGUUUAAAUUUAAAAAGAAACAAAUGAGUAAGUAUUUAUAAAUAUUUCUUCAUGUUAAAGUAACAAUUAAAAAUUACUUAAUACAACAACUAAUUAAAUAAAAAAUUUAGAAGAGAAUAUUAAGAAAAUAUUAAAUUAAGAUAAUUAAAAUUAAAUUGAUCCAGGAAUAGAUUAAUUAAAAUAAUUAAAAAAAACAGUAUAAACAAUACUACAUUUUUUAGUUUUGAUAACACAUUUAUAAAUUUAAGAUGAAAUAGAUAGAUAAGGAAUAUAAUUAAUGGGAGCUAAAGAUACUUAAAUAGAUGAUGGACUGGUUUAUAAAAGUUAAAAUAAGAAAGGACCAUCAAUUUAAAUAAAUGGUGAAUGUCUUUCUUGUUCAGGAUAAUCAAUAUAAUUAUUAUAAUGUUUUAAAUUAACAUGUUUAGCAUAUCAUCCAUCAGAUAUUCUUGUUGAUGGAAAAUCUUUUAAAAGAGAUUAAUUAUUAGAAAUGUGUACAACUUUAUUAAGAUAAGCUAAACAAGAAUUUCUAGAUUAAGAUUAUAAUAUUUAAUAAACUACAGCAACUAGAUAAAGAAGUUCAUCUAUUCCUAUUUCUCCUCGAAGACUUAAUUCUAAUUUUAAAUUUAAUAAAACAAGGAAAUUAGCUCCAAUGACAAACUUAUAAAAUUUUUGA